AUGCGUGAGGACAUCCAACGUGAGCUGGCCUGCAGGGAUGCCACCAUCUCCUUCGACKAACUGGUGGAUUUGUCCAUCCGGUUGGAUAACCUACUGGUCACCCGCGGACGUKCAGAGGGGGCUCUGUCGGUGUCAUCUUCCAACACCCCUGCUCCGUCUGGGUUACUCUCCCUAUCGGACUCGUCCUACUCUGUAGAGCCUCUAUCUGGCAGUGGGACUAGUGAAGACUCCUACACUCUGAUCCCUGCUGGUCCUAGUCACACAGGAGGAUAUGUGUGUAGAGCUGGGAGAGGAGACCCAGUCUAUGACACACUCUACAGUGAACCUCAGUUUUUCUGGUCAGGAGAUCCGCAACCAUCAGUGUCUCUCAAAAUAAGACCUAACAGAACUCAACACUUUACAUCAACGUCUCUCUCACUAAGCUGUGAGGAGAAGAGGAACUCUACUGGAUGGAGACUGAAGAGAUACAGAGAGAAAGCAGUGGAGUCAGGGUGUGUCUCUAACUGGGGAUCAAGAGCAGGGUCCACAUGUACCAUCAGGUCCACACAUAAAAAGGACAGUGGAGUGUACUGGUGUGAGUCUGGAUCAGGAGAGUACAGUAAUGCUGUCAACAUUACAGUGGACGUUGGCAGUCUGAUCCUGGAGAGCCCUGCCUAUCCCAUAACUGAGGGAGACUCUGUGACUCUACGCUGUACAAAUAGAUAUCAGCAAACAAACCCAAUACCGAAGGUUGAUUUCUACAAAGAUGGAGUACUCAUCAGAAAUGAGACCACAGGAGAGAUGACCAUCCCUGUAGUAUCCAAGUCAGAUGAAGGCUUCUAUAAGUGUAAAUCUCAUGAAGGAGAAUCACCAGAGAGCUGGGUGACAGUGAGAGGCGUAACUCCUGGACCCUCUACAUUAGUCCUAGUAGGAGUGGUUGUMGGCCUGGUUGUUGCUGGUGUUCUACUGGCCAUUCUCCUGGUACUGCUGUGUCGAUAUAAAAACGCCAAAGCUUAG